AUGGCUGAGCUGAGUUUUGUUGUUGGAGUUAUAGGCAUCAUCAUAUCAGUUUUACUCUUUAUAAUUUCUCUCUUAAAAACAUUUCGGCGGAUUGUUGAGCGUCGAUCAACACAAGGUUUUGAUAGCCUUCCUUUCAUUUUGACGCUACUGAAUACAGCACUGUGGACUUACUAUGGACUGGAAAAGACUGAUAGCCUGCUUGUGGUGACUGUUAAUGGCAUUGGUGCUGUUGUGGAGGCUGUCUAUGUCGGAUUAUUCCUUGUAUUUCCACCUAGAAGGGUGAGUGAAAAGACAGCAGCAUUUGCUGCGGUUUUGGAUGUGUGGUUUCUUGGAGGAGCGAUUUUGAUUACUCAUUUUAUGUUGCAAGGAGAUACACGGAUUGAUGUCAUAGGAUUCUUGUGUGUAGGCCUAAAUAUAUUCAUGUAUUCUUCUACCCUGGCAGCCAUAGAAAGAUGUGUAGAACAUCGUAGAGCACACGCCUUUCCUUCCCUCCUCUUCAUGUUCUUGAAUAGAGGGAUUUGGACUUACUAUGCCGUCCUUGUGGAGGAUAAAUUCCUUGGAGUAUCAAAUGUGAUUGGGUGUCUUUUGGGAGUAACACAACUGAUGCUAUAUGCAAUAUACAUGACCGACAACCCCUCCUAG